CAAUGGACCACUGCUGUCAAAAAGAGAACCCCAAUUUCAAGCCUCUCUCUCAUUUUCUCUGUAAAACGAAAACCUCCGUUCAUCGCCGUAGCUGAGAUUCUCGAUCACUUUGUCUACCACUAAUCAUUUCCAGGGUACAGAAAUGGCUGAAGAAGCAGGUAUGUUCGUGGUUCAGCAAACAGUUGGCAGCGUGCUGUGUUGCAAGUGCGGCAUCUCCAUGACACCCAAUGCUGCCAAUAUGUGCGUCAAGUGUUUGCGCUCCGAGGUUGAUAUCACCCAAGGUCUGCAGAAGCAGGUCACCAUUCUGCAUUGCCCCGAAUGCGAGACCUACUUGCAGCCUCCCAGAACUUGGAUCAAAGCCCAACUCGAGUCCAAGGAGCUGCUCUCCUUCUGCAUCAGGAGAGUCAAGAACUUGAACAAAGUCAAGCUUGUUCAUGCCGAGUUUGUUUGGACCGAACCUCACUCCAAGAGGAUCAAGGUCAAGCUCAAAGUUCAGAAGGAGGUUUUGAAUGGAGCUCUACUUGAACAGUCAUUUGUUGUCGAGUAUGUUCAGCAAGAGCAUAUGUGUGAGCCUUGUUCAAGGGCUCAGGCUAACCCUGACCAGUGGGUUGCAUCUGUGCAACUCCGCCAGCAUGUGUCUCAUAAACGCACCUUUUUCUUUCUCGAGCAGCUGAUUCUCAAGCACGGUGCUGCCGCCAGUGCUAUAAGGAUUAAGGAGACAGAUAAAGGGAUCGACUUCUUUUUCCCAAGCCGGAGUCACGGCCUGAAAUUUGUGGAGUUUGUGGGUAAGGUUGCUCCUAUAAAGAGUCGCCAUGACAAACAGCUUGUUUCCCACGAUCAGAAAAGCAACAAUUUUAAUUAUAGGUAUACAUUCUCAGUUGAAAUAUGUCCCAUUUGUCGUGAGGAUUUGAUUUGUCUGCCUCCUAAGGUUAAAUCUAGUUUGGGUAAUCUUGGUCCUCUUGUUAUCUGCACUAAAGUAACCAACAGUAUAGCCUUGCUUGAUCCUUUCACCUUGAGGCAUUGUUUCUUGGAUACUGAUCAGUAUUGGAGGUCAUCCUUUAAGUCUCUUCACACAAGUAGGGAGCUAGUGGAGUAUAUAGUGCUUGAUGUGGAAAUUGUUUCGCCUGAAGUUACUAUUGGCGGCUCAAGGUUUGCUUUAGCUGAUGCACAAGUUGCUCGCCUGUCUGACUUUGGGAAGAAUGACACUAUCUUCAACAUAAAAACACAUCUAGGCCAUAUUUUAAGUCCUGGAGAUUAUGCUCUUGGUUAUGACUUAUAUGGGGCUAACAGUAAUGAUGAUGAACUGGACAAGUAUAAGGGUCUAAUCAUUCCAGAAGCAGUUUUGGUGAAGAAGAGCUACGAAGAAAAGCAUCAAAAGAAGCGUGGGAAGCCUCGCUCUUGGAAGCUUAAGUCCCUCAACAUGGAAAUCGAUGAUAAAGGUAGAGCUGAGCAAGAAAAGAUAGAGUUGGAGUUUGAAGAUUUCUUGGAUGAUCUGGAGGAGAACCCUGAGAUGAGGUCCAAUGUAUCAUUGUACCGGAAUGAAGAAUACCAACAGGCAUCAGAAACGGCAUCAGUGACUGAUGGGGAAGAUCUACCUUCUGUUCCGCUUGAGGAGAUGCUUGGUGACCUUAGACUAGGUGAGGAUGGAGUUGGGGACAGCAGCAUGAGGAAGUAAAAAGAAAAUAAUCAAGGGCAUUUGGAUGGUGACUGUCUCACAGGGUAUUUCAGUUGGACUAAUAUAGCUGCCUGAACAUUCUAAGCCAUGCAAGGCAUGUUCGAAAAGAGUCUUUCAUAGCAAUCCUGCUUAGAACUAUGUGGUUAAGUUUGUUCCUCUGUGUGGUUAUUGGUUUUAUAGUUUCCUUGAGUUAA